AUGCAUAGGAACUUUGCAUGUAAUUUAGUGAGGGGAUCCAGGAUCGGUACGACAGUGAAUCUGAAGGAAGAGGAUAUUAAGGCCCUGUGUGCCAAAUCAAGGGAGAUUUUCCUCUCUCAGCCCAUCCUACUGGAAUUGGAAGCACCAUUAAAAAUAUGUGGAGAUAUUCAUGGUCAGUACACAGAUUUGAUGCGAUUGUUUGAGUACGGCGGAUUUCCUCCCGACGCCAAUUACCUCUUUCUUGGUGAUUACGUGGAUAGAGGGAAACAGAGCUUAGAAACUAUUUGCCUCCUCUUGGCUUACAAAAUUAAGUAUCCUGAGAACUUCUUUCUUCUUCGUGGCAAUCAUGAAUGCGCGUCGAUUAAUAGAAUUUACGGAUUCUAUGAUGAAUGCAAGCGACGGUAUAAUGUUAAACUGUGGAAGACGUUUACGGACUGUUUCAAUUGUCUUCCUGUCGCGGCCAUUGUUGAUGAGAAAAUUUUUUGCUGUCAUGGGGGAUUAUCCCCAGAUCUUCAAACCAUGGAACAAAUUCGACGGGUUUUGCGUCCCACUGAUGUUCCUGAUACUGGUAUGUUAUCGAAGAGGUUGGACGCAUUUUGA